AUGACGACGGGACGGGACGCCCCGGCGGCGGGGUUCCAUCGCGCCGCCGCGACGGUACUCAGGGACGCGUCCAGCCCGGACGACGUCGCCGGGGCGCUGGCGUUGGUCCGUCGCGUCGUCCUCGGCCCGAACGCCGCGUCGCCCGCCGAGGAUGACGAAGUGGUCGCGGAGACGUCGUCGGUUCGGGCGCUCGCGUCGGAAUGCGCCGCCGCCGCCGAGGCGUGCGCCGCGUCGAAGAACCCGGCGACGGCUCGAUGGACGGGAUUCGACGCCGUGGGCGAGGAGAUGCUCCACGCCGUCGCCCCUCGCUGGCUCCCGCUCAUGCGAUCGGCACGGAGGAGGGCGCUCCACGACGAGAUCCUCGCGGCGAUGCCGCCGACGACGGCGAUUCGCGUGCUGGUUCCCGCGCUCGCGCCGUCGUCCACGACCGCGGGGCGCGACCUGGACGAUGCCAGCAAGACCGCGGUGGCGACGGAGGCGGCGCGGGCGCUCGCCGCAGCGCUCGAGCGCGGCAUCGCGCGCCGACUCCUCUCGAACCUCGAACCCGCCCAAGUCGACGACGCGACACAGCUGUGCGCGGCGCUCUUCUCAGCCGCGGACAAACUGGAGCUCUCCCCGGGUUCUCACGGCUGCGCCGCGGCGCUACAUCCCGUCGCGUUGGCGCGAACCGUCGCGGCGCAGCUGUGCGACGCGGCGCGACACAGCUGUGCCGCGACGGGACACAGCUGUGCCGUGACCGUCGCCGCCGCCGCGUUGGCGCGCGCGUGUCGCCGCGGCGCCGCCGACGCCGUCGCCGACGCGCUCCUCGACGCCGUGACCGACUCCUCCACGUCCGACGUGGCACGACCCGAUUGGGCGAACGAGUUGAUCGACGCGAUCUCCGACGCCCACGCCGUCGCCAAGCUGGCGCAGUCCUUCGUCCUUCGAUGCGCGUCGAGGGGCGCGACGUGGCGCGCGUGCGAACGAGGGUUUCGCGCGGCGUUUUCCGUUCGAUUCGGUCGUUGCGCGUCGACGAGGCACGCUGUGUGCGACGGGAUGCUCCUGCGCCGACCCCAGCCCCGGGCGAUGCUCCCGGCGCUCAUUCGCGUCGCGCUGGUGGACCCGCCGCGGAUGAUUAAUCACCCGGUGAACGAGGGGGGGGGGGACAAAGAGGCGGAGGCGGAGGCGGAGGCUGCGGCGCGAGCCCGGCACCGCGCGACGACGGCGGCGGCGUGCGUGGACGCGUGGUCUCAGCUCGAGUUGGUCCGGGGGGGCUCGGGCGCGCUCCAGGGCCACGUGGCGGCGGUGGUGGCGGCGUCCCUGACGGCGGGGGCGUUGAUCGGCGGAUCGAUUCAAUCCGGCGGCGGUGCGGACGUCGUCGUGACACCCGCGGCGCUCAUGCGCGGAAUAAGCGCGCGUUUAGACUCCCCCGACGCGCGGACCCGCGCGCACGGGCGCAAAGUGGCCGUCGCGCUGUCGAGGGUUGUAUCCCCGGACAGGCCCCUGACCUUUCACGACGACGAGGAUUUCGGGGCGUCGGACAUCGAGAACGGAGGGGACGUGUCCGAGGACGAGGAGGCGUGGGAGGCGGAGGCGUGGAGGCUGGGGGUAGACGGCGUGGAAGACGGGGAAGAGGCUGACGCCGAGGCUGACGCCGAGGCUGACGCCUUCGCCGCCGCGGUUCUCGGUCCCGAGGCGGCGGCGGGCGACAAAGAAGAAGCCGACGGCGGCCCGGACGAAGAGGGGGAGAACGACGACGAGGAGGAGGACGACGAGGACGAGGAUGUGGACGACCCCGACGGCGCCGUGAAGCUCGGAGGCGGCGCGAUCAGACGCGCGGACAGCGGCACCGACGACGACGACGACGACGACGACUCGAGCGUCGCGUCCGCCCUCGAGCCCUACGACAUCUCCGACGAGGACGACGAAGAAGCCGACAUCGACGGGGAUCCAAACGCCGUCGCCGUCUCCGCCGACGACGCCGCCGCGCGAAGGCUCAGGGCGGUACGCGCCACCGCCAGGCGCAUCGCGCGGCUUCCCCGGCCCAAGACGCUGUCGUCGUGCGUCGACGCGUUGCGACAGGCGAGGAGAGGUGACGAGACGGCUGCUUCGAAAUCGUCCAUCGACAGAGCGGACGAGGCGGAAGGCGCGGUGCACGCCGCCGAGGCGCUGAUCCGCGCCGCCCCCGAGGAGAUCAUCGGUGCCGCCCCCGCGAUGGUGUCCGCGCUGUUGCACGCGCAUCCGGCCACGCCAGACCCGGAACCCCUCGGGGCGGCGAGGAAAAAAGCGCUCGCCGCGAUGUGCGCAGUCGUCCCUGGGCUCGCCGGUCCCGCGCUCGCGUUCGAGGCGUUCGCGUCCGGGAGGUGCGACGCGGGUCAGAAGCUCGAGGUGCUCGACGCGGUGGCGGACGCGGCGAGGGAGCUGGCGGCGCUCCCGCCCGUCCCCGAUCGCGACGGCGACGGGGCGACCCGGCUACCCUCGACACAUGGCGACGCUCGACUCCUCGGCGACGAUUGGAAGAAACCGCCGGGUGGUCGGGUUCGAAAAGUCGGCAGGGAGAGGGUGUUCGCCCCCGCGAGCCUCGCCCGGCUCAGGGCGGGACCCUCCGCCGUCGCCGUCGCCGACGCGGCGUCCAAACCGAGGCGCACGCGCGCGCAUCUCAUCGGCGCCUCCCUCGCCGGUCCCCUCCUCGCCGGAGCCGUCGAGAUGGUCCGCCAGGCGGAGGAACGAGCGUUCGCCGCCGCGAGGGAGGAGGCGGCGGUACGCGCGAACCCGGACGCCGUGCACGUCCCGGGCGGGGGUAUCGACGCCCUGGUUCUCGGACGAGCGCUCGGGUGCCUCGGCGAGUGCUGCGCCGCGUCUAGAAACGCUCCGGACGCCGCCAAAAUUGCCGGCGCCGUCCUCGAGCUGGCGCUCUCCCCCGGCGCGAUGAACCACCCGCAGCCCCACGUGAGACGCGCGGCGCUGUUCGCGUGCGUGGGCGCGGUGACGUCCGUGCCUCCAGCCGCGGCGUGGCACGCGCUCAGCGGCGGCGUCGGCGGCGUCGCGUCUGGGUCGGCGCUCGCCAGGGGUUUGGCUGCGCUGGAGGACGCGGCGGGGCGCGCGAGGGUGACUGACCCGGAUGGCGACGCGAGGGGCUUGGCGCUGAGGGCGCAGCUGUCGGCGGCGGACCUGCGGCAGAGGGCGGUGGCGGUGGGUACGGCGGGAGGGGUCGAUCCGAACCGGGCGGAUCCGAUGUACCUUUUGAAGAACGUGUCGUCGCUGAUGAUUGGCGACGCGUGA